CCUGCAGCUUUCAAUCCGGAUCCAUUCAUUGCGACCUUGGAAGGCGCCGUUCAAACUUUGAUUCCUUUACGACGUCAAGUGGCACAACAGAUUAAGACUUCUGAAAGGGAAGUGCUACAGAAGGAAAAGCAGUAUCGUGCUAAGAUCGAUGACUUCAAAAAUGGACUAGAAAGUGUCAGCCGACAGUUUUCGGGCUUGGACGCCAAGAUAACUGAGGUGGGCAAGACUGCCAUUCGAAUAGGCGAACAAUUGGAAUCGAUCGAUCGGGUUCGAGCUCGCGCAUCUGACGCGCACGACAUAAUCCUUUAUUACAAUGAAUUUGCUCGUGGCGAUACGACGCGGCUUGAAGCGCUUAGAAAAGAGGGGAAGCAGGGAAGAGCAAGUGUAGCAUUGGUGAUACGGAGACUCUUAGCGGUGGCGAGGGACGUGGAGGGAGUUGAAGGUGGCGAGGAAACUCGGGCGACAAUCGAGAAGUAUGCUGAGCGCUUCGAGAAGGAUAUGCUACGGUUAUUCGAAAAGGCAUAUUUAAAAGGGGAACCCAAAGGAAUGGCGCAUUGCGCCCGGACACUUUUAGACUUCAAUGGUGGUCAUUCUUGCAUUCAAAUCUACGUCAAUCAACACGACUUCUUCAUAUCCCGUGAUCGGGUCGAGGCACCUACUAGUAUUACCGAGACGUCCAUGUGGGAAGCUUUGGCAGACCCCAACAAACCAGCUCCAAGAUCGGAGCCUGAGCUGGCAGAACUGUACACCGACAUUCGACAUCAGAUAUCACAAGAGGCGCAAAUCAUCGAAGCGGUCUUCCCUCAACCAGCAGUGGUGAUGCAAGUUUUCUUGCAACGGGUAUUUGCCCAAGUGAUUCAAACCCACAUCGAAAAACUUAUCGAUGCAGCGCAGGGUAGCAGUACCUUGGUUUUCCUUCGCAUCCUGGCUUUGGCUCGCUCUAGUACAGCCCAAUUGAUCAAUGACCUUAAGUCUCACGACUUUUUUCGUUCGGCUUCGGGAGUAGGAAUGAGUUCAUUCGAAAGUUAUGCUGUGACUCAUGAUCCACCAGGCGUAACUGGCGAAGGAAGUGGAAGCAAGCCGUCUAAAGGAUCUCAUCAUGUCGCUGGAGGAGUUGGUGUGGCAGCAAUAUCGAGUAUGUUGGACACUCAACUAGAUGAGUUAUUUAGCCAACAUCUGGACAAUAAUCACUAUCUGGAACGUGAGAGUAAGAGCUUGACUGAGCUCUAUGCGAGCUAUUUACUGAAAUACGCUCGAUGGCAUCGGGCGAUAAACAAAGCGAAACCCACCAAUACACUUUUCGAUCGUAUGGUAAACCAGCUAACCAACACUGCAUCCCAGUCACCGACUGGAGCUGCUGCCCCAGUGGUGGCACCUGCGCAAGCCACCGGGUUGAAAUCACUACUCAAACUGAGCGGGCUUACGACAGCUACCAGCACAGAUGCCGAUGCUGAUGCCUCACUCGUUAUUGACGUUGAUGCCGAGAAUCCCCUUGAAGAAAGUGAUGGCGAGCUUAAUUUGGACGUCGCUGAAAAGCUCUUGAUGUGGCACGCUGAGGCAGUUGGCCGCAUGAUUGAAUUAACACCAUCUAGCGACGUUCCAAAGAAUGUGUUCUCAUUACUCAAGACCUUGGCAGACAACUACUGUAACGCUUAUGUUGAAACCGCCCUUGAAAGCUCUUUAGCUCAGUUUGUCAGCCACGACACUAAGCUUGAACCAGACCUCAAACCAGUGACUGCGAUCAAAGCAGCGGAUAUGGCCAUGCACCUGUGGCAGAGGUAUGUGACGACUGCGAUAGUGCCUCUGGCCGCUGCAAGUGUGAGUAUCAGGCGUGAGAUGUCAAUAUUCAACAACCAUAUCCUCGUUCGGAUUGAAGGAAAAGUCAACUCAUUGGCUCAAAAGUGUUUGGAAAAUGUUGUAUUCUGGUUAAGUCAUAGUCUGAGUAAACAGAAGAAGCUCGAUUUUAAGCCUAAAAAUGAUGAACUAGAGUUUACUCGAAUUCAUACUGAGCCUUGUGUGGCUUGUAGUGACUUUUUAAACAUCACUCGUGAUACAAUCACUCGCUCUAUGAGUGGUAAGAAUGCAGAAGGAUUCUUGACCGAAGUGGGAGUGAUUUUUCACAGUUUACUUCUUGAGCAUCUCAAGAAGUUUCCAGUCAGUGCGAUUGGAGGACUGAUGUUGACAAAAGAUUUAGCAAUGUACCAAGAUACAAUUGCGAAAUUCAAUAUCCCAGCUCUCAAUGAUCGUUUCGAAAUGAUUCGUGAAUUAGGAAACAUUUUUGUAGUACAACCCUCGAUUUUAAAAUCAUAUUUAACUGAAUCUAUGUUAGGUAGGAUAGAUUCCAAAUUAUUAAGACCAUUUUUAAUGAUGCGUGCCGAUUAU